CUGGAAUUGAAGACAGACCUCAACUGCCGUACACCAAAUGCCGUCAUCCAUGAAAUACAGAGAGUUCUAGAUUUGGCACCAACUGCUCUCUUCCAUGCCGUGACCAAUGAUAUCAAGUUCCGUGGAUACAUCAUCCCGAAGGGCGCCAUCAUCAUCCCAUUCCUGACAUCGGUGCUUAAUGACCCCUCUCAAUGGGAAACACCAGAAAGGUUCAAUCCUGGGCACUUCCUGGAUGAGGAGGGCCAGUUCCGCAAUCGGGUGGCCUUCAUGCCAUUCUCAGCCGGAAAGCGUGUUUGUCCCGGAGAGGGUUUGGCCCGAAUGGAGCUCUUCCUUCUCCUCUCUGCUCUGCUCCAGAAAUUCACCUUCAAGCUGCAAGCUGCCCCCAGGAGAUGAGCGUCGGGACUCCAAAUGGCUGCAUGCUAAUAAACGUGACGUUGUGUCUAAUGCUAAGCUAUGUGCCGUGCCCCGAGCAUUACCCACCAAGUAA